GAAGGGGAAUGAGUGGCAUUUUAUGAAAUGCUGAGUCAGCCAAAGGACUUCUGUCUACACUGCAUUUGACAAUUCCAUGUCAUUUUUGCAGAAUCCCCACGUUACUUAAAUGUUCAUCUCCCCCACAUCUCCCACAUAGAGAGGAGAGAGAAUAAGAGAGAGAGAGAGAGAGAGAGAGAGAGAGAGAGAGAGAGAGAGAGUUCAAAAAAGAAAGAGCUAGAGCUAGUGAAAAUCUUUCUUUUAGCCUUCACAACUAUAUUGCAUUUCCAUCAGAUUUUCCGAGGCAGAGACCAACAACACUUUGAGAAUCAUCACAGAAAUGGGUGAAGAGAACAAAGGGGAAAAGAAAGAGGGAGAAAAGAAAGAGGAAGAGAAAAAGGAUGAAAAGAAGGAAGAAGAGCCUCCAGAGAUUGUACUAAAAGUUGAUAUGCAUUGUGAAGCUUGUGCUAGGAAAGUAGCUAGAGCCUUGAAAGGUUUUGAAGGAGUGGAGGAGGUAAGCACAGAUAGCAAAGCUGGCAAGGUGGUAGUGAAAGGCAAAGCAGCAGACCCCAUAAAGGUGUGUGAGAGACUACAAAAGAAAAGCGGCAGAAAAGUGGAGAUAAUUUCACCUCUACCUAAGCCUCCUGAGGAGCCCAACAAAGAAGAUAACAAAGAGCAAAAGGAAGAGAAAAAAGAAGAGCCUCCGCCUGUUGUGACGGUUGUAUUGAGAGUUCGAAUGCAUUGCGAAGCAUGCGCUCAAGCUUUACAGAAGCGAAUCCGCAAGAUCCAAGGAGUAGAAUCAGUGGAAACAGACGUAGCAAGCGAUCAAGUAGUAGUUAAAGGCGUGGUGGAUCCGGAAAAGAUUGUAGAACAUGUUUACAAGAGAACAGGAAAGCAGGCUUCCAUAGUACCGGAAGAGAAGAAAGAAGAAAAGAAGAAGGAAGAGGAGAAGAAAGAAGAGAAAGAAGCAGAGAAGAAAGAAGGGGAAGAAGGAAAAGAAGAUGAUGACAAGAAGAGUGACAUCAAGCGGAUUGAAUAUUGGCCAACAAAGCCCUAUUCUGAGUUUGCAUAUCCUCAUCUUUUUUUUAGCGAUGAAAAUCCAAAUGCUUGUUCUGUUAUGUAACCCAGUAUAUUAAUUCUACUUUUGUAAGACAAUGUAGGUUUUUUAGUUAGCUGCCACAUGGCUAUGCAAUUUUCUAGGAAUAAGAUACUGAAAAAAGGAGAGCCAAAAAAAAAAAAAAAAAAAAAAAAAAAAAAAAAAAAAACCUAAGGAGGGGCAAUUCCUUUGCCCCAUCUGGGCAUUUGGUAGUUAACUGUAUGUCGUAAUUUUCUAGCCUGUAAUCUUGAAGCUGGAAAGUAUGUGCCUAUGAUAUAUGAACAAUGUGUAUGAAGCUGUCUGUAUAAUUAGUCAUGUUCUUACCCCAGGUUUUUGUAUUAAUAAUUCCAGGACAGGAAAAAAUUUGCAAUCACUUUGGGUUGCAUAUGUCA